AUGUCAAUCUCAGGAUACUUUUACGACAGAUUUAAUCUUAAACUCAACGCUGCUGGGACUAUAGCAGCGAGUUUUGGAAUGGCCAGCUUCUUUGCUCUUCCUUUCGGCGGCUACGCCUCUGAUGUAGCAGCAAGAAUGUUCGGCAUGAGAGGCAGGCUAUGGAUCCUUUGGUUCUUCCAAGCACUAGGAGGUGCCUUCUGUAUCUGGCUCGGCCGAGCUGACUCAUUCCCCAUUGCUAUCUUAGCAAUGAUCCUUUUCUCACUGGGGACCCAAGCUGCAUGCGGUGCAACCUUCGGGAUCGUCCCAUUCGUUUCACGACGAUCGUUGGGAUUGAUAUCGGGCCUCACCAGCGCAGGGGGGAACUUCGGGUCGGGUUUGACACAGUUAGUAUUUCUCUCUGGCUCGAGAUUCUCGACAGCUACUGGUCUUUCGUUGAUGGGCGUCACGGCUGUUGUCUGCACAAUACCGGUUGCGUUUUCGCUCUUCCCACAGUGGGGAAGCAUGUUCCGUCGUCCUUCGAAAGACCCUAUAAAAUCCACUGAGGAAUACUAUUACAUGUCGGAAUGGAAUGAUGAUGAGAAACAAAAGGGUUUACAUGAAGGAAUCGUCAAAUUUGCUGAAAACAGUCGGUUGGAACUUGGGAAACGGGCCGAUAAUGAGGUUUCUUCUGCACCGACUCCCCCAUACUCCACACCGGCCCACGCUUAUUGUACAUAUAAUUAG